AGCAGGAAAAGAAGGAGGAAGGAAUGCGUGGUCGAGGAGGGGGAGCAAGCUGCCUGGAUCACUGAAGCCAACAGGACGCCACGCCGCUCCUCCCUGGGCCUGCUGCUGCCGCCCUGGGCGUGACACAAGACGAGUGCUGUGUGACGGAAAGCCAACCCAGCGUGCGUUCACAACACUCAGAAAUCGCAGCGCAUUCCACGUUACCUGAAGCAACUCGUGUCGUCUGGCGGUGGUGGGCGAGGCCCGCGGGGACCUCGUGGGGGAAAGGCGGGCCGCGGGCUGGGCAGGAAGACGGCCGGGCGGCGAGCGGGUUCAGUCAGUAGAGCUCUGGGCGGCGUCGGGUGUGGACGUAUGCGCCGGCGCUCAGUGACUGCCCCAGUGAUCGGCUGUGUAGAAUGAGAGUUUGUCUUUGUUGAGAUAAAACUUGAGACAGUCCACAGUGAUGGCGCGUCGCGUGACACUGUUGGCUGUUGUGUGCCUGGCGGGUUUGUCAGCCGCCUUGCAGUACUCUGACUUAGAGGCGAUGAACGUAACGUGCUCGCCUAAGGACACUUGUCACUUCGGCAAAGGGCCUCGCCUUGGCGACUCCACAAACUGGAAAAACAGGAACUGUUUCUGUGACGACCUGUGCGCGGAUUACGGCGACUGCUGCCUGGACGCGAGUGCCUAUGACGCCGAGGCGCAGGUGGCAGCCGUCAACAACCACCAAUGUGUUCACCUUAGGCACUUCGGGGACAUCUACAUGAAGGGGACGUGCAUGGCGGGCUGGGAGGACCAGGACGUGGCUGACAUGUGUGCCACCAACUCCCCGGACUCCAACUCGGUGCGGCGGGACCCGCUGGCCUCCUUCCCUGCCACCAGCUACGACACCGCCAUCACCUACGCCAACUACUACUGUGCGGUGUGCAACAACGACUCCACUUCGCUGGAGAUCUGGAAGCCCCGCCUGGAGUGCCCGACGCUCGCCAGCUACCAUUCCCACUUCAAGAACCUGACUAUGGCGUACGUGGCCCCGAGACUUGAGUUCAAGGAGGAUAAGUGGGGCCUGCACGUGGAGGACGGCGGCUUCCCAAUUUUCCAUACGUGCUUCAUUGACCCCGUGAUGCCUGAGACGGUGGGCCACCUGGUGAGGCCGUGCAAGCACAUGAUCAGGACGUGUGCCGCCAAUUGGACGAACACUGAGGUGGAGGACCUGUGCCACUCCUACACGGCGGUGGUGUACGUCUUCGACCAGGCCUUCAGGAACCCCCACUGCGCCCUCUGCAACCACGAAAGCCCCGAAUCCCUGGGAUGCCAAUACGGGGUGUUCACGAGGUUCUACUUCAGGGAUGACUUCAACCCCGGCGCCUUCGCGUUGCUCUUCGACUACAUUGACGGCGGCAGCAACGUGGUGGGCUCGGCGUGUGGGAAAGGAGAGGUAUUCGACCCGUUCUUCAAGAAGUGCAGGAAUGUGGUGUGCGGUAAGCCCGACCACCAAUAUCGCUUUGGCCGCUGUGUGUAUGCUGGCGAGGCAACCACGCCCGCCUCCUCUACCGCUCCUCCAUCCAACACCACGGAGGAGGAGAACGCCAGCUAUAAGGAGGAAGGUGUGGAUAGAGGCAACUCCACCACUCCUGUGCCAGGAGGCGAGGAGGAAGCCGCGACCUCUCCGCCCACCGUCUCCUCGCCCGCGGGGCCGGAGGUGGUCGCCCCCCUUCUCACAAACAAGUCCCAGUCUCUGUCCUGCGAGAGGUUCUUGCUGCCCGCUGAUGAGUACGCCAUGUCUGACAACGGCACGGUGGUGGUGGAGAAGUACGGCAGGACGUACCUGCCGCACGAGUACGAGCGUCGAGAGGGCGGCAUCCUGGUGUGCAUCAUCCAGCCCGAGGUGGGCAAGUUCUCGCGUCUCAUGGGUUGGGUGACGCUGGCGGGCCUGGGCCUGUCCUGCGUGUGUCUGCUGCUGCACCUCGUCGCCUUCCUCAUCGUGCCCGACUUGAGGAACCUGUCCGGCAAGAACCUGGCGUCACUGUGCCUGGUGCUGCUCGCCGCCUACGCCACCUUCAUCCUCAGCGUGUUCGGGGAGCCCGGCAAGCGGGAAUGCUUCGUCCUGGCCGCCGCCAUGUACUACUUUUUCCUGUCCUCCUUUUGCUGGAUGAACGUGAUGGCGCUGGACAUUUGGCGCACUCUGCGCAUGGCCACCUCCGAGCUGCGGGUCAGCUCGGGCAAGCAGUGGGUCAAGUUCUCGCUGUACUCGCUCUACGGGUGGCUGGCGCCCGCCCUGGCCCUCGUGGUGCUGGUGACCCUGGACCUAGUGAGGCCUGAGGGCAUGGCGGAGGAGUACUACCCCUUCCUUGGGGAGCGGUGGUGCUGGUUCGGCCACCGCAAGGCGCUUCUGGUGUUCUUCGCGGCCCCGCUCAUGGCCAUCAUGGUGGUGAACAUCGCGCUGUUCAUCCUGUCGGCGCGCAUGAUCGCCGAGACCACGCAGUCCACGGCCAAGAUGACCUCCUGCUCUCCGCACCACCACCAGUUCAAGCUGUACAUGCGGCUGGCGCUCCUCAUGGGGGUGUCCUGGAUCAGUGGCAUCGUGGCUGGUUACUUACAGCUGGAGGCCAUCUGGUACGUCUUCGUGCUGUUCAACACCCUGCAGGGCGUGCUGUUGUUCCUCGGGUUCACCUGCACCAGGAAGGUGUGGCACGUGGCGGGUUCAGGAUGCUGGCGGCGUGUGUGCCUGGCCACACGUGGCCCCUGGGUGUCGCGCAGCCCCUCCUCCAGCAGGCAGGGGCUGGAAUCCAGGGAUUCCCAUGAUUCCCAGCUGUCUGCACACUCCCACUCCUCCGUGACGCACCUCGCCUCCCACUCCCGCACCUCCGUGGAUGCCUUCUGAGGCGCCGCCAUCACACCGCGGCCGUGUUUGUUCCUGGGUGAGGCAAGCAGGCCUGUGCUGCCUCCCCGCAGUGCUGUGUGGUGGAUGGCAUUACGUGUCCUAUUAGUGAUGCUGACAGGGGGUUGGCGGGUAGGCACCAUUGUCCUGGGAGAGGGUGAGGUAUGGGAACACCUGGACACUCCGCGCGUCAGGCGGGCGAAGGGCGAGGUGUGUGUGUGCGCGUAUGCUGCGUCGGCACAGUCUGCCGGGCGUCACCUUAUGCUAGUCGAGUAUGUUCUUCCUCCACUUAUCUAGAGUUAGUCUCCGCCUGUCAAUACUUCGUCGCCUCACAGUGACGAGUCUUGGACGCUUGUGAUGAAUGUUGAAGUUUUCCCGAGUCAAGAACUUGCAACACUACAGUGUGUGUGUGUGUGUGUGUGUGUGUGUGUGUGUGUGUGUGUGUGUGUGUUGCGUGACUCGUGUACCAAAGGUGUGUCUGUUCACAAUUUUAUGUACUCCGCAUCAUUGCCUUGCGUGGUGUUUUCGUAAAUUAAUAUCUUGGUAAAUAAUCAAACUUUUACGUAUGUCCUGUUCGAUAAUAUUGUUUUGUGUACGAAAAUACUCAAGAGGACGCGAUGGUUGCCUCGUCCUGCUUGGGUCAGUGUUUGGUGUGCGGCCAAUUAACUGCAUUAUGGGUAUUUUUCCUCAUUAUUAUUAUUUUCUUUUUCAUAUGCAUCAGAUAUCCUAUUUUUUAUUACAAUGUUCAUCGGCCACUCAUAGCCCACUAGACGGGCCAGUGUAGUCAGUGUGUGUAUAUAGGAGUGUAUAUAUUUUGUCAUAUACUUUUGUCAGAUUGAAAAAUAAACAUGAAUGUAAUAA